CAAGAGCGACUUAAUCAGCUCUGGAAGCUCCAGGGUUUUGUUUUGUGGAACGAACACUAUUAUAGUUAAUAGAAUCACUGGACGGAAUAAAAUAAAAUAAAAAAUAGGUGUAGCGCAUAAUGAGAGUUGCGCCGGGGGUGAAAAGGGGAAAAGUCUCUCCCGUGGAAAGGGCGGGCUGUCCGCUGUGACAGCACUGGACAACCAACUUCCAAUCAAGGGUAUGCUAGACAGUAUUGUCUCUCCCGUGAAUGCUGAGUUUAUACUCGUCCCAGGCUUUGGAGAAUGCGUAGCAGGACUGAGGCACGCAUCACCCGCUGUGAGUUCGCAGUCAUUUCUCGAUUGAACAGGAACGAACAAAACAAGAGUCCUACAACCAGAGGUGAAAUCAGAGCGGACAAUCUCCCAGUGGCGGCGACCUACCUAUACUCUCUGUGUUGCGGAUUUUGAACCCCUCCUCAAUGGCAUGCCACUCGAGCCGGUAGCAAUGGCACGAACCCACUCAGGGCAAGAGAAGGGGAUGGGCUGCGUCCUCAGACCGAGCCGCAUCCUGGCGUCUAUGCUGCUGCUGUUCGUCACCUGCCAGACUAGUUUUUCUGAUACUACAGAAGAGCCCCUGAAAGAAGCUGAGGCAAAUGACAACAUAACAAUAUUUACACGAAUAUUAGAUGGACUACUGGAUGGCUAUGACAACAGGCUACGUCCAGGUCUGGGAGAGAAGGUUACAGAAAUAAAAACCGAUAUAUUUGUUACAAGCUUCGGCCCAGUCUCAGAUACUGAAAUGGAGUACACGAUCGACGUGUUUUUCCGGCAGAGCUGGAAGGACGAGCGGCUUAGCUUCAAAGGACCCAUGGAGAGGCUCCCUCUCAACAACCUGCUGGCCAGCAACAUCUGGACGCCUGACACUUUCUUCCUCAACGGGAAGAAGUCCAUCGCUCACAACAUGACCACCCCCAACAAGCUCCUGCGACUGCAGGAUGAUGGAACACUGCUGUACACCAUGAGGUUAACCAUAUCGGCCGAGUGCCCCAUGCAGUUGGAGGACUUCCCUAUGGACGCCCAUGCCUGCCCCCUGAAAUUUGGAAGCUAUGCUUAUCCAAUCUCUGAGGUGGUCUACAUUUGGACCAAGGACUCCACUACGUCUGUGGUGGUAGCUGAGGACGGCUCGAGGCUUAACCAGUACCACCUGAUCGGUCAAACCGCUGGCACAGAGAAUAUCUACACCAGCCGAGGUCAGUACACAGUGAUGAUGGCCCACUUCUACUUGAAGAGAAAGAUUGGCUACUUCGUCAUCCAGAUCUAUAUGCCCUGUUUCAUGACGGUCAUCCUGUCUCAAGUGUCCUUCUGGCUCAACCGAGAGUCAGUGCCAGCAAGGACCGUCUUUGGUGUGACCACGGUACUGACCAUGACCACGCUCAGCAUCAGUGCCCGCAACUCCCUCCCCAAGGUAGCCUACGCCACCGCCAUGGACUGGUUCAUCGCCGUGUGCUACGCAUUCACCUUCUCUGCGCUUAUUGAGUUUGCCACAGUCAACUACUUCACCAAGAGGAGCUGGGCCUGGGAUGGCAAGAAGGCCAUGGAGGCACAGCAUCCCAAGAAGCGAGACCCCUUAAUGCUGUCCAAGAAGCCCAACAACGUGUGCUCCGCCGGGGUCAACUUCACGCCCAACCUGACCAAAGACGUGGCCAUCUCCACCAUCUCCAACAGCACCACCAUCCAGAUGCGUGCGGCCGAGGCGCGCGAGCCAGACCCCAAAAAGACAUACAACAGCGUCAGCAGGAUCGACAAGAUGUCGCGCAUCAUCUUCCCCGUGCUCUUUGGGACCUUCAACCUGGUGUACUGGGCCACCUACCUCAACCGGGAACCCGUCAUCAAAGGGGCCAUGUCGCCCUAGAGAAGAAUGCUGCUCUGUCUUGUCAACAUCUACUCUCUCCUCUCAACCCGAACACACACACACACACACACACACACACACACACACACACACACACACACACACACCAUAUUACCUUAGAAUUUGUGACCAGGAUCAUGGAUGACGUGGAGCUGAUGCUUUCUGAUCAUCUGUUCAUAUGUCCAUACGUUCAUGCAUUCACCUCUUCAUAAUGGGAGAUGGACUACCAUGUCCAUAAAGUAUUUUGCAUGAUAGAAGCAGAAAAAAAGAAGAACAAAACUGAAAUACAGUUGCCAUGUAUGCCUUGACAAUUUCUACUGUAUAAUCCCCUUGCUUACUUUUCAUAUAAAUGUCGCCAUUGCCAUUGAAGUCCUUUCCACCUCCCUUGUACAAACAAACAAACAAACAAACAAUUUUUUGUUUUGGGAAAGAAAACAAAACAAAGCAUCCCAUCCCAAAUCUG